ACAGCGGUAGAGCCGGAGGGUGAGUGCGAUUCCAAAGGGUCAGGUCCCUAACAUGCUGGCCAGAGCAGGAAGGAGGCAACCUCCAAACUCCCAGGGGAAAGAACCAGGGAGCCCACCGGCAGCGCCUCGCACCUCGCCCUGACCACAGCACGUGCGCCCGGCCCGCCUCACACCCCGGUCCAGGAGGGGUCCCAGGGAACUCCCGGGGCGCUCGGGAGGGACGCCUGGGGCGGGGUGCGCAGGCGCGCUGAGGCCGCAAACCCCAAGGGGCGGGCGGGUGCGCGCGCUUCCUCGCGCACGCGCGCACGGAGGGGGCGACGGCCGCGCGGUGACGCUGCGGCGGCGGCGGGCGGGCGGUGGCGCGUGAGGCGCGCGAUCCCCGGUGUCUUGGGAGCAGUGCCCCGGCCCCCGCCGCCGCCAUGUCGGGCCGGUCGGUCCGGGCGGAGACCCGCAGCCGGGCAAAGGACGACAUCAAGAAGGUGAUGGCGGCCAUCGAGAAAGUGCGAAAAUGGGAGAAAAAGUGGGUGACUGUGGGUGACACUUCCCUGAGGAUAUUUAAGUGGGUUCCUGUGACAGACAGCAAGGAGAAAGAAAAGUCAAAAUCGAACAGUUCAGCAGCCCGAGAACCUAAUGGCUUUCCCUCUGAUGUCUCAGCCAAUUCCUCUCUCCUCCUUGAAUUUCAGGAUGAAAACAGCAACCAGAGUUCUGUGUCUGACGCCUACCAGCUCAAGGUGGACAGCAGCACCAACUCAAGCCCCAGCCCGCAGCAGAGUGAGUCCCUGAGCCCGGCACACACGUCCGACUUCCGCACAGACGACUCCCAGCCCCCAACCCUGGGUCAGGAGAUCCUGGAGGAGCCCUCCCUGCCCUCCUCGGAAGUUGCUGACGAACCUCCCACCCUCACCAAGGAAGAACCAGUUCCACUAGAGACACAGGUCGCCGAAGAGGAGGAAGACUCAGGUGCCCCACCCCUGAAGCGCUUCUGUGUGGACCAACCCACAGUGCCGCAGACGGCGUCAGAAAGCUAGCACCGUCACAGCCCUCCGCCUCCUGGCCCUGCCUCUAUUUAUUGCAUUCUGGUUCUGGCUGCGCUGUGUUGCUGGGGAAAGGGCAAGCACUGGGGUCGAGAGCCUGCACACAUGAGCCUUCCGGGCUGGAAGGCUGGCAUAGGAUUUGGGGCUGUCACGUCAUCUUCCCGUCCCUUGCACCUGUGUCUUCUUGCUCCCGAGAAGAGGAGCACUCACAUCUUUUGCACCCCAAGUUGGCUGGAGCAUUGGCCACCCCAGGAUUCAUCUGUCACCUCCAGGCAGCAGUCUCUGCUCCAGAACCUCUGGACUGAGCUGCUGGCAGCUUCCUUGAGAAGAGAGAUGUGGAAGGCGCCCUCCAGAAGAGAGAGUGCCUAGGGUUACUUGAACUUGAAUGAAGACUGUGGACUCCUGGACUUUCCCCUAGGGCUGGGGGCCCUGUAGGCUGCUGCUGGAGGAGGACUGUGUAGAGACGUUGGAGCGAAGGGAAGGGCUCUUCUCCACGAGGGCAGGGUCUGUCUAGAUUCUUGCUGUCCUGGCAAUUCCGCCCAUGCCUGAGGUGGUCCUGCCUCUCGUGGGCAGGCACCCUAGCUGCUGACAGUCCUUUGUGCCCACCGUCGCCGUCCCCUGCCCUCAGCACACAUGUCCGCACACAUGCAGCUUUCUCUGUUCUCACCUGUACUGUCAUUCCAGCAUCCCUGCCUCCUGCCACAAACUGCCCCAGCAAGAAUUUGAGGUUCUGACAACAGUACCCAUCCCCCACAGUACUCCUUCAGCUCGGUUUCUAGAAAGCUCCCUUUUCUUUGAAAUCUGCAUGUUGAAUUGAACUUUGUGAUUUUAUUUUUUGUUUCAAAAAAGUUUAAGAAAAUGGAAAUGGGCAACAGUGAGUGAAGACAUAUUUUAGCACUGAAUAGAAUAUUUUUAAAAUUAAACUAUUUGAAAUA